AUGCUCACUCUCCUCAAUCUCUUGAUUGAUCUCUUCACCCUCUUCUUCACUUGGGAGUCAUCAUUCUCCUCAUGUGGGAUGUUCACCCCAAUUUCAAACUCUCCUGCUUCGCUCUCACUGCUGAGAGGAUCAUUCCUUCUUUUGGUUCUCCUUUCCUUCCCUCACCCUCUCAACCUCUUCUAUGUCCUCCUUGGUUUGUGUUUUGAGUAUCCUCCUUGCUCCUCUUAUCAUCUCCAUCCUUGUGAACGCUGCUUGCUUCCUUCACCUCUCAACAUCUUAGAUUGGUCCCUGAAAUGCAUCAAAAGUUCAAUAGAAUUAGAGUUGUAA